AUGGAGGCCGUAGUUCAGGCGACGAUCAGCGCUUUAGGAUAUCUGGAGAGUGGCGUCUACUAUCCGGAACCGGACUGCUUUGAGAGCAUACGUGACUUGAUACGUUUUCUUCGCAACGAUACGAAAAUGGCGACUGCGCGUCGUUUGUGUGGCGAACGGAAUAUUGUUCGAUGUGACCUCAUCCCAAUUAUGAAGUCGCCAAACACGCCCGAUAAUCUUUUUGAUAUCGCUCUUAGGUUGAAUUUUCUAACACGAACCUAG